GCUGAUAGGCAAUGAAAUUAUAUGCACAGUGAAUAUACACAAAAUACAGACAAUAAAAAAAAUAAUCACAAUUAAUAUAAAUCCUAUUAUUGACCAACCCUUUGAUCAUAGUUUAUUAAAGUAAAUAAUAUAAACAACAUCAAAAUGAGUCUUGAAAAAACAUUCAAUAAAGCAACGGUCUAUUUACAGUCACUGGCAUCGGAAUUAAAUUCCACAGAACUCUUAAAAUUCUAUGCUUUAUAUAAACAGGCUACAAUUGGACCAUGUAAUAUUUCAAAACCCAAUUGGUAUCAAAUGCAAGCAAGACAGAAAUGGGAAGCAUGGAAAAAUCUUAAUGAUAUGAGUUGUGAUGAUGCUAUGAAUAAUUAUGUACUUGAACUAUCUAAACUUAAUCCAAACUGGGAACAAGAUGUGCAAUCCGAAUCUAAUAACUGGGUUGCUAUUAGUCGAUUAAUAAAUAUGGAAGAUGAAAUAAGUGAUACGGAUAAAACUUUUUUGGAUUGGGUGAAAGAAGGACAUUAUGAAAAAGUACAAGAACUACUAAACAAAGAACCAAAACAUGCAAAUUUAACAGAUUCAGAAGGUCUGUUACCUAUACACUGGGCUGCAGAUCGAGGUCAUUUGAGAAUUAUAGAACAAUUAAUUAAAAAAGGAGCAAGUGUAAAUUCACAAGAUGAAGAUGGGCAAACACCAUUGCAUUAUGCAGCUUCAUGUGGGCAUCUUGAUGUUGUAAACUAUUUGCUGUCUAUCGGAGCUGAAUCUAUAAAAGAUAAUAAUGGUAUGACACCCAAAGACAUUGCUGAUGAACAUUUAAAACAUAUAUUGUGAUUAAAUAUUAAUAUAUGUAAUCAUCAUGUAAUAACUAAAUUUAACGAUGAAUGUUAAUAAAUUGAAUUAAUGAUUUUCUCAUAGUAUUUUAUAUUAUAGUUUAAUUGUUUUUAGAAACUCUUUAUUUAUAUACAAAUAAAUCUUCCAUUAGCUUUUUUAACUAUAUUCACAGCCUAAGCACUUCUUAGGUAAAUGCAUAAUUUAUCAGAGACAAUGUUAAAACGUUUUUACAUAGUAGUACAUUUUUAAGCACAAAAUAUAAAUAGUAUUUUAACAUUAAUCGAGUACACAGAGACUAAUGUACUCAUUUUACAAAUAUUUUUAAAUUAGUUAAUGAGGAAAAAAUGUAUAACUUAUAACAAUAAAAGAUAUUCGAGAAAUUACAUA